UGCCAACAUCCGAUUCCUGUUGUCAUACUUCUGCUGCACAUUCUUUACAAACUUCUUCAGAAUAGCUCCAACAACGUGGGUCCCGAUAAUCGGUUGGUUAGCCUACAUUGUGAUAGUGAAAUCUUUGCCAAACAAUUGAAUUCUCACUUCGAGCUAAUUUCAAGGUUACACAACAUGGUUGUCGAGUGGGUAGUGCUGAGUUGUAUGGCCUGGCUGUGUGGAGCCUCCCCUGGACCAUCGACCUCGCCUUCACCGCCCCCGGCUCUCAACAUUGGAUGCGACAUCAAGUUAGGCCUGGAGACGGUUCUCUGGCGACCCAACCAGACACAGGAGCUGCUGCUUCCCGCUAUGGAUCAAGGAGGGAAGCUGAAGUGGGAAGGAUCAAUCCACAUGCAGAGUGGAGACAUCCUGCUUGUGAGAAUCAAUGACACCCAGAUCACAAAGCCACCCCCAACCACUACCACUCCUCAACCUUCAACUACACUAAACUACACGACAACUGUGAGUGCCAGACAAAAUCAUACAGUGACUCCCUCCAUGGAUGUCACUGAGUCCCACAUUGGGAGCUACCACCCGGCAGAAAUCUCAGUGUAUCAGGCUACGCGACCAGGACACAUGUCCUGUGACAUCUCGGAGGGAGUCUUGUUGGACAUCACCCCUCUCAGUGUGGAAGGACUCAAAGUUGUAGCUCUCUACGACAAGGAUCUCAGUGAUGGGCUCAACUUUCUUAUAGUAACUUCCGAAGCAUGGACUGACUGUGUGCAGUUACGAGUAUCAGUGAAGUCAGACAAUUGUGGAGACAACCAGGACUGCUCUGGCAAAGGCAUCUGUUACUCCAAUACAUCAAUGGAUGGUUACGAGUGUCAGUGCUGCCCUGGGUUCAUUGGUCCCCAUUGUGAGGAACAAGACGCCUGCUAUCCUAGCCCCUGCCAGAAUCAUGGAAUUUGUGUAGACAUCUCUCAAGGUCACGAUGGCACCACAUUCCAGUGUCUAUGUCCAUAUGGUUUUACAGGGAAAGUGUGUGAAGACACAUCAGACCCUUGUGAAUCGAGCCCAUGUCAGAACCGCGGAGUGUGUAGGGCCAGCAAUCUGACAGCUCAACAGUUCAAGUGUGAGUGCAAGCCGGGGUACAGUGGGCCACACUGCCAACACAAUCUGGAUCAGUGUGCCUCCUCGCCCUGCCAGCACGGUAUCUGUGUCGACCAGCAUGAUGGCUACCGCUGUUUCUGUCAGCCAGGUUUUGCCGGAGAACAGUGCCAAUACGAGUACAAUGAGUGUGAAUCCUCUCCUUGUCUCCAUGGAGGCACCUGUACAGAUCACAUUGGCAGCUACAGCUGUUCCUGCGGUAGAGGCUUCACAGGGAAGCGUUGUGAGGACAAGGUUGACUUGUGUGACCCUAACCCUUGUGCACACCACCACGUCUGUGUUGAUAAAGGGAACACAUAUAACUGUGAAUGCCCAAAAGGGUUUACUGGACCAGACUGCCUUCUGCCUCGUCGAGCUGCAUGCAGUGCCAAUCCUUGCCACAAUGGAGGAACCUGUUGGAGCAGUGUUGACUCAUUUUACUGUGCUUGUCGACCAGGAUUUACGGGGAAAAUUUGCAAUGAAGAGGUGAUCAUUGAGGUUAUACCGAGUGCUGCUGGCAACAUAGAUGUGAAUGGGAACAACGUUCAUCCGAUGGAUUUGCAAAUGCCCAUCUCAAUCCACCUUGAUCACUUGCACAACAUUUAUGUAGCAGCUGGCACAUUGGCAUGUGCUCUACUAAUAGUAGUCUUAACGGUUGCGGCUUGUCAUUGUCGAAUACAUGAAACAUACAAACACUGUUUCCUACGAGGUACUCCUUUAUUACCUUGCAAUAUCAAGCGCUUUGACGUGGAUGUGAAACCUAGCAGACUGGAGGUGGACAAGGAACACAUGCAGCCCCUGGCCACAGCUCGCUCCUACCCCCACCUGGACAGUUCCGAGAUGUACUACGCCCUGGACUUCAGCGACAGUCAGAGCUCUCCUCUCAUCCAGUAGCAACACUUAACGAUCUGUACUGGAAAUGAAAUGUUAAACUAUCCUAGCUCCUAGUUAUCAAAUGUAAAAUAUAAAUUGAAAGUCUAAUUCAUUACCCUCCAAUAACUUUCAAUUAAAUUUUGAGGUUGUUUAAUUCGAUGAAUAAAACAACCAAACUUUUGCUUCCUAAUAUGUUAUGUGCUAGACCUCCAAAUGUCAUUGGCUGCUUAAAGAUCAGCAUAGUCCAACUCAGUAGUUUUAGAGUAGAUCCUACAGUUAGUUCAUUUAUUAUUAGAAUGUAUUGUAUUUGAAAAUGAAACCAUUUUCAAUAAUAAUAAAAAAUAAUUUUACUGUAAGAACAUUUUUGUUUAUAAAAUUAAAAAUAACUCAAAUUUGUACAAUUCCCUGCUAAGUAGGGUGCUUGAACAAAAUAUUUUUCAAUUGAAAUAUUUCUUUCAAUUUUUGCCUAAAAUUCCUCAAUUGAAAAAUUCUAUAAAUAUUGUUGCUCUCUAAUUUAGUUAUAUUCUAUUUAAUAAUGUAUUAGUGUAACCAACAAGAGACUUGAACUCAUUACUAAAUAUUUUAAUAUCAAACACUGUUUCAUGUAUAAUUUUUCACAAUUUGUAUUUAAAUAAAUAUUUAAUGCUUUUUACUAUAACAGAUUAUUACAAAUAACUUGUAUCUGAUUUCACUACAGAAUUGAAUUACUCUGCUAUGAUUUUGAAAUAAGGUAUGAAAUUUCAUUAUUAUUAAGGCUAUAUUUUAUACACUAUAUAUACUAGCAAAUUAUUUGGAAUAUUUGUGUACACAACCCCCUUUUUUUAAUAGUAUUUGUCAUUUAGUCAUUUUUAA